GCAUUGCAUUGUGGGAAAAAGGAGCUAGUCGCCAUCUUGCUUUAGCGCCGCAAGUUAUCAGGGCAGAAUAAUAACCACGUUUGAAUGAAUAUUUUUGAGACAUACGAGUGUUUUAACAAUUAAAUUUGAGCAAAUAUUGCAGGUAGUGAGGUGUACGCGUGUGUAGGUGGAACACCGUGCUGUUUGUUGGAAUAUUUCCGACUAUAGAACUAGCUAACUGGGAUUUUUCGACUUGAGGUGAUCAUGGGUCGCUCUAGGAGUCGCAGUUCGUCCCGUUCCAAACACUCCAAAAGCAGCAAGCACAGUAAAAAACGGAGCCGGUCGCGUUCAAGGGACAAGGAGAGGUCCAAGAAGCGAUCCAAGUCCCGUGAAGCGAAGAGGAACCGGCGCAGAGAAUCGCGUUCUCGUUCCCGGUCAGCUACAGCAUCGACCCGUAGGGAAAGGGAAAGAGCGGUCACACCGCCGGAAAGAAUUGACAUAUUCGGCAGGACACUGAGCAAGAGAAGCGCCUUGGACGAAAAACAGAGAAAAGAGGAGGAGGAGAAGAAAGUCGAAAUGGAAAGACAGAGGAAGAUCAACCCUCCCCUCUUUCUCUCGCCACCCUUGCCGUGCAGCCGGCAGGUGGAGAUAGAGGAGAAGCUGAUCGAGGAGGAGACGGCGCGUCGUGUGGAGGAACUGGUGGCCAAGCGGGUGGAGGAGGAGCUGGAGAAGCGUAGAGAUGAGAUCGAGCGGGAGGUUCUGCGGCGUGUGGAGGAGGCCAAGCGUAUCAUGGAGCGCCAGCUGUUGGAGGAGCUGGAGAAACAGAGGCAGACGGAGCUACAGGCCCAGAAGGCCAGAGAGGAGGAAGAACGAUCCAAACGGGACGAGCUGGAGAAAAUCCUGGAAGAGAAUAACCGCAAGAUCGCUGACGCUCAGGCCAAGCUGGCUGAGGAGCAGUUGCGUAUCGUAGAGGAGCAGAGAAAGAUUCACGAGGAGAGGAUGAAGCUGGAUCAGGAUCGCCAGCGGCAGCAGAAGGAGGAACAGAAAAUGAUCCUGGGCAAGGGAAAGUCCCGGCCAAAGCUCUCCUUCUCCCUCAAAGCCACCGAAUGAGUCUCUCAUCCCUCCUCUCUUCCUUCUCCUGCCCUUCUCAUCCCACCCAGCUCUCUGCUCCUCCUCCUCCUCCUCCUCUCUGAAACGCUAGCUGUGUGGAAGGCUGAAGGAAGGGAAGCUCACGGCGCUGUCCUGCCACACACCGCCCUGCUCUACAGACCUUUCCCAACCAAGCCUUGGAGGGAGUCCCACCCACCUCAAACACCUCGCCGCUUGACCCCUUUGACCCCCCCCAACCUCCCAAUGACUUUGUGUUUUUUAUUUUUAAGGAUUUGAUCUGUCAUGUACAAAACUGUCACUACUUGGUCGUCUUACUGUGGCCCACGAGCGGUUGAGUGCCCUCUGUUUCUUUAGGGUAAGUGUGUUCUGUUGAAGCUCAUUAAAACUGUGGGGUUUAGGAGUUGGCCUAGGUUUUCCUGUGCCGUAUGAGUCUAACGUAGAAAGCUGAUUUUCUCCAAGCAGGGCUAACCUAAAGUGAUGCUGCAGCCAGGGCUAACCUAUACUCAGUAAAGCACGGUGAACCUCCACCUGACAGGUUAAUCUUCAACCUCCCUACACCUCACAUCAGAUGUUUUUAUACUCACGUUUCUCCUCGAUUUAGAUUAGCAUCAAAUACAAAAACCAAAACAUGUGGACAAAGAGACCCCACUGCUGCACAGGGGAACCCAGGCCAAUUCCCAAUCUACCCAUGGAGGUGGUCAGGUUGGCGUUGCAGGGUUGGAGCAGGAUACGAGUCUCAUCCAUGGUCAGGAGUGGAGGUGGGGGGGGGCGGGAGACGAGAGACAUUUCCUGUAUGAUGUAAUAUUUAGAGUCUCUGUCAUGUGGUGUCCUACUCCUGUGAGAUAAUAUAUGAAAUGAAUCCAAACAACAAGGGAUUUAUUAAUCGUGCAUCAUUUUACUGAACAGUUACUGUUUCAAUCUGAGUGAAUUGUGCUCUGAAGUAGCCGGUUUCGGACCUCCUGCUCCUUAGUUUGUGUAGAAUAUUAACUUUCCCCUUCAACUCACUAUUGGUUCCUAAAGGAUGUCAAAGUCCAGGUAAGAUUGACUAGCUACAUGGUUUAGGUCUGACAGAGACAGAGAGAGAGAGAGUGUGUGUGUGUGUGUGACAGUAUGUAUGGCUGACCUCUGGUAAGGGGCUUCAUGAGUAAGUGAAAUUUGUCUUGUGGUAAUUUCCCCAAUUUGUUAAUGGGGACUGAACAAUUUACCAAUAAAUCCAUUGAAUGCAUA